UAUCAAGUUGUCGCUGUCAAUUUUCUCAUUGUUGUUUCUUUAGAAUCGAACGAAAUUUUCUUGUGUUUUGCAAAAAAAAUUUAGCUAAAAACAAGACAUGGCCGGACGUGAAGCCGUAAGAAAAGCUGUGCAGCAAGUGCGUCCCAUCUUAUCGGUAGAUCGUGAAGAAGCACGUAAACGUGCACUUAAUCUUUACAAAGCUUGGUAUCGGCAAAUUCCCUACAUUGUUAUGGACUAUGACAUACCUAAAACGGUGGAACAAUGUCGUGCUAAGCUACGUGAAGAAUUUGAGAAGCAUCGUAAUGUGUCUGAUGUGCGUGUGAUUGAUAUGCUGGUCAUAAAGGGUCAAAUGGAAUUGAAGGAGAGCGUAGAAAUCUGGAAGCAAAAGGGUCACAUAAUGCGUUACUGGAAGGAGAGUCAAGAACCAAAACCAACAGAUUUCUUGUCGAAGUUUAUACAAGGCGUUAAUUAAAUAAUUGUUUUAAAUGUAUAAAAAAUUUAAAGUUAUAUUGCUAUCAUUUUACAUAAAACCAGCAAAUAAAUAAAUUAACAAGAUGAAAAUUAAUUAAUCACUUAUAUAAUUUAUUGAGAAUUUUCAGAAAUGUAACAAAAAAAACAAAAAUUUAUUUCUAUUAAUUAAAAAAACACAAUAUUUGUACAUUGGUAUGUACGAAUUUAUAAAGCCAAAUAAACGAAGUACACCGCAA